AACGGAACGUACUAGAGAGAACAUGAAGAGUACCGUGAGUGAGCCCGUGACCGACCGGGAACAGUAACGUAACUAGACUGCUUGCGCUAUUAAUGAAAGGCUUCCAGGCUCUUCUCUUCUCGCUGUCCGAUCCGGCCACGCACCCUAACGAGCGCCGCUCCUUACGAGAACGACGCGGGACCGAGCCGGGUCCAGCAGACGGCGGUACAAGAACUCGGAGCUUGGAGGAACUGCGAGAACAGGUCCAGAAGGGUCUGGAGAGAUGCUGCUAGAAGUGUGUGGAUCGACGGCAAAGUUAGCAGGAAAAUUGCGCCUGCUCUUAAAUUUCCUGAGUAAAAAACGAGAAAAUUCCACGUGGGUAGGUGACAGUGCAGGAGCAGCAGGCCGUAGAGGUUUCGAGAGAUGACAGCGGACGAAUUCGCUCUCCCUCGCUCUUGCCUACGGUCGUGGUCGUGGUGCCUAGGGUUAGAUCUUCCAGACGCUUUCAGAAGAAGCGAAAUCUGGUAUAUAGUUCCUGGCUCGCCCCAAGUGCUCUCAGUCAGUCGAGUAAUCUGCAAAAUACGAACAUCUGUGGAGUGAGCGGGAGUUCUUUCGUGCGCAAAUUGGAGCUGCGGAGUUGUGUUAGUAGUCUGGUAGAUAGUGAGUGAUUCGAAGAUCGGUGCUUCGUCGAAAUCUUGAUUCCGAGUGCCGCAACCGGGGGCAUACGAGUGUGAGCUGCGAUGACGGGCAAGGGCGAAGGUCCGGCCAUCGGUAUCGAUUUGGGCACGACGUACAGUUGUGUUGGAGUGUGGCAGCAUGAUCGCGUCGAGAUCAUCGCGAACGAUCAGGGUAACAGAACGACGCCUUCCUAUGUGGCCUUCACGGACACAGAGCGUCUCGUCGGAGAUGCUGCGAAGAAUCAAGUGGCUAUGAACCCGAUCAACACCGUGUUCGACGCCAAGAGGUUGAUCGGUCGCCGAUACAGCGACGCCACUGUCCAGAGUGACAUCAAGCUGUGGCCAUUCAAGUGUAGUCCAGGGCCAGGUGACAAGCCCAUGAUCCACGUUGUCUACAAGGGUGAGGAGAAGGAGUUUGCAGCUGAGGAAAUUUCCUCCAUGGUGCUCAUCAAGAUGAAGGAAAUCGCAGAAGCGUUCCUCGGCAAUACCAUCAAGAACGCUGUCAUCACAGUGCCAGCCUACUUCAACGAUUCUCAGAGGCAGGCUACUAAGGAUGCAGGAGUCAUCGCGGGGUUGAACGUCAUGCGAAUUAUUAACGAGCCUACUGCUGCUGCUAUUGCCUACGGUCUCGACAAGAAGGCAACUUCCGUCGGUGAGAAGAAUGUGUUAAUUUUCGACCUCGGUGGUGGUACUUUUGAUGUGUCCCUGCUGACUAUCGAAGAAGGUAUUUUCGAAGUGAAAGCUACCGCCGGAGAUACCCAUCUCGGAGGUGAGGACUUCGACAACAGGCUGGUGAACCACUUUGUGCAGGAGUUCAAGAGGAAGUACAAGAAAGAUAUUAGCAGCAACCCCCGAGCACUUAGAAGACUGAGAACUGCCGCCGAGAGAGCGAAGAGGACUUUGUCGUCCACUGCUCAAACGACUAUUGAGAUUGACUCGCUCUACGAAGGUGUCGACUUCUACUCAACCAUCACCCGUGCUAGAUUCGAAGAACUGAACAUGGAUAUGUUCAGGAAAUGUAUGGAACCCGUAGAAAAAUGCCUCAGAGACGCCAAGAUGGAUAAGAGCUCCAUUCACGACGUCGUUCUCGUCGGCGGAUCUACCCGUAUCCCGAAGGUUCAGCAAUUGCUGCAAGAUUUCUUCAACGGCAAGGAGCUCUGCAAGAGCAUCAACCCCGACGAAGCCGUUGCUUACGGAGCUGCCGUGCAGGCUGCUAUUCUGUCUGGAGAGGGUAACGAGAAGGUGCAAGACUUGUUGCUCUUGGAUGUCACCCCCCUGUCUCUUGGUCUCGAGACGGCCGGAGGAGUAAUGACUGUUCUAAUUCCGAGGAACACCACCAUUCCCACGAAGAAGGAACAGGUCUUCUCCACAUACUCAGACAACCAACCUGGAGUGCUCAUUCAAGUGUACGAGGGAGAGAGGACGAGAACGAGGGAUAACAACCUCCUCGGGAAAUUUGAGCUGUCUGGCAUCCCCCCUGCACCCAGAGGCGUGCCCCAAAUCACAGUCUGCUUCGACAUUGACGCCAACGGUAUAUUGAAUGUUUCAGCUGAGGACAAGACUACUGGUCAGAAGAGUAAGAUCACCAUUAAUAACGACAAGGGUCGCCUGAGCAAGGAGGAGAUUGAGAAGAUGGUGCAAGACGCAGAAAGGUAUAAGUCUGAGGACGAGGAUCACAAGAAGAAGAUCGAGUCCAAGAACAGCUUGGAGAACUACGCCUACAACAUGAGGAAUACCAUCAAGGACGAGAAGAUUGCAAGCUCGUUGCAGGCAGCAGACAAGAAGAAGAUCGAAGAGGCCGUCGAAGCCGCCAUCGAAUGGUUGGACAACAAUCAACUUGCCGAAGCCGAUGAGUUCGAUGACAAAAUGAAGGAGCUAGAAAGCAUUUGCAACCCGAUUAUCGCGAGGAUGUAUCAAGGUGGUGCCGGUGGUCCUCCUACUGGCCAUGCUGACGACGACGAUGCCGCACCAUCUGGUGCUGGCGCCGGACCAAAGAUCGAAGAGGUCGACUAAAUUACAGAAUAGAAUGAUUGGAGACUUUAGUCUCGCCUUAGAAGAUUGCUUACACCAUUUUGAAUUUGUAGAUAGAUUUACACUCAUAGUUUGCCCUUCCUCCCAAUUCAAUUUUUUAGGGGUGAGUUGUCAGCCACCGGAAAGGUUGGCGUAGCUGGGCAUUUUUUUGGUUAAUGUACAAUAUGAGAAGUAGUGCAUGCUGUCUAUUUCAUUUUGCGCACAAACGCACAAUCGUGACGUAUAAUGCAAAUGGCCAGUUAUGGUUUCUAAAUGAAACACCAAGUUGCAAAAACUCACUUGUGAUGAAAUAUUACCUCUGAUCUUUCCUCACUGAAUGGAAAAGGAAAGAAGUGAUGAUCGUAUGUGUUAUUGUUGAGUACUCAAACAAUCUUAAAACUGGAAAAAACUAGAUUUGAAC